GACUGUUAAGGACCGGGAGUUUUACGUUAAAACGCGUUUCCCCCUGCCCGGGAUGAAUGGUGCAUUGUUGCGCUGUUUGUAAAUAACAACCGUGCCACGACCACCGUAAGGUACACCGAGUACCCGGUGCGUCGAUCCCGCCGUGCAUAACUUACAGCGAGUGACGGAACGUGUAACCAGUACAAAAUGAUGCAUUGAAACGCGGCCGGCGGGGGCUGUUCGAUUCGUGUCGAGUUUAACGGAGCAGCCGAGCGAGGUCUUGUUUGUCCAAGAACGGGAAGUGAUGCCCUUCCUCUCGGAUAGCCUGCUCGGGUUUGCCCAGACGUCGCCGUUUUACCUGUCUGCACUUUGUAGAGGGAAAUGGACUCCUCCCGCUCCCGUAAAACGCAUCGUGUCCUGGCACGCUCGGCGAACAAAGGGAAAGGGAAACCGACGCGACGCUUCGGGGAAAGUGCAACAUCAAGCAAAGUCGUAUAUUAAGGUCGAGGCCAUUGAGAUGCGUUUGUGUGCGUGUGUUUAAUUUAGUUGUUGUUGUUUUUUUCAAGCGGCUGUGAAAAGCUCUCACGGCCGCGUGAGCAAAUGAUGACAGACUGAUGCAAGACGAGUCUUUUGUUGUAGUAGCCUAUUUCUUUUACGACGCUUCCCGGAUCGCCCGCUAGGUGGCGCGGGGUGAACCGUGUCGCCGAGGAACACAUGGGGAACGGAUAACGUAAACAAGCGCGUCGGGCUUUGCUUUAACGGCUGCAGAAACGAGUGAAAAUUGGGCAGAGCAGUGGUUUAAAGGGAGAGUUUUGCUGUAGGUCGCGUGGCCCCGAGCGCGUGCAUCGGGGAGUUGUGAAACUUAAAGGGAUAGUUCGCUUAAAAUUGUCAGAAACCAGGGGCGUCUCUCCCCUAAGCAUCGUUAGCUAACUGCAGCGGUGAUUUCCGUUCAACUCUAUUCAUAACCAACGUUGCUUUUGCGAAUCGCACCCCUGUAUGAGAUGCAGUUAGAUUUUUUUUCCAUUCUGGUUGCCAGUUAUCUGUUACGAAAAAUAACAUUCAAAGGGACACUUCAUCUGAAAACGACACUUUGGUCAUCAUUUGCUCGCCCUCGAGUUCCAAGCCUGUAUUAAUUUCUUGCUGUAUUUUCAAGGAUGACAUUUAGAGAAAUGACGGUAGCCGUUCACUUCCAUUGUGUGGAAGAAUACCAACAUUCAAUGGCUACCGUCGCCCCCGCGUCGUUUUAAACCCUUAAAACCUUCAUUUUCAGAACACCAAGUAAUGUUUUGAUGAAAUCUGAGAGCUUCUUGUCCGUCCGUAGAAAGCAAACGCAUUCUGACACGUUCACAGCCCGGAAAUGUAGUUAGGACAUUGUUAAAAUAAUCUUUCUUACUUAUUCAAACCAGUACAGAUAGAGAUAAGAGAUGGUUUUGAAAACUAUUCCCGUAGCUUCGUAAAAUUAUGGUGAACCGCUGAUGUCACUAUUUUAACAAUAUUUUUACUACUUUUCUGGUCCUUGAACGUGGAAGUACUGUUUAUGUCUAUGCAGGGAUUUUAUCACCAAUAUCUUAUAUAAGGUCUUAUGGGUGUGGAACAACACGAAGAAGGACCAGAGAUGUUCUGAAUGAAAGGAGGAUCUGGCAGCCUUUCGAUAACAAUGCUGGAGAACUUGAGCGGAGCCCACGCUGACCGACCUGCCCCCAGAUCAUCCACGUUCAGCUUCUCUGCCCUGUUCGCUCUUCCACACCACCUUCACAUGGAUGGGAGCAGUCAUCCAUUCAGGAGGACUCUGUACCGGUUGAAGUUGGUAAGUUCUCCAAAUCUGAGUCAGCUGGGGAAAAAUGAAAAGGCUUCACUAGAGGAAAGAGGAUCAGGCCCAAAUGCCACUUGGAACAGCAUUCACAACGCAGUUAUUGCUGUAUUCCAAAAGAAAGGCCUAGCAGACAACGAACUCUACACACUCAAUGAAGGCGUGAGGCAGCUACUGAAAACUGAGUUGGGCUCAUUCUUUACAGAAUACCUCCAGAAUCAGCUUUUAACUAAAGGCAUGGUCAUCUUACGGGACAAAAUAAGGUUUUACAUAGGUCAGAAGUUACUGGACUCUCUGGCCGAGACGUGGGACUUUUUCUUUUGUGACGUUCUCACCAUGCUUCAAGCCAUCUUCCACCCGGUCCAGGGGAAGGAGCCUUCGGUGCGUCAGCUGGCCCUGCUGCACUUCAGAAACACCAUCACCCUUAACAUGAAGCUGGAGGAGGCUCUGUCUAGACCUCGAGCCCGCGUCCCUCCCUCCAUCGUCCAGAUGCUUUUAGUGUUGCAGGGGGUUCAUGAGUCCAAAGGUGUGAGCGAGGAAUACCUGAAGCUGGAGUCUCUCCUUCAGAAGGUGGUGUCUCCGUACCUGGGCACGCAGGGACUGUGUUCACACGAGUGUGGCGCCUCGCAGUGCUCCUGUGUUAUCGAGAGGCGCUUGCAGUAUUGCUGGUCCAAGUCUGCAGACCUGCCCUCCAGUAAUCCAGUGGUGCGCUCCAAGAGCUACAACAUCCCCAUGCUGACCCCCGUGGCCGAGUACGACUCUGAAGUGAGCUCGGUGGGCAGCGUCGGCAUCCGGCGUCACUCUGCGUGUGACGUCACUUCCUGCAUAGAGCCCCAGGGCUAUUCGGCGCUGUCUGUGGGGAUAGAGACCAGCUCCACCCCCCGACUCUCGCUGGAUCACGAGCUCUCCCUGUCCGGUGUGAUGCGAGGGGCCACGGGGCAGCCUGCUCUGAUCUCUCCACCCGUCUUCAUCCACACCUCCUCGGGGUGCCUGCACGCAGCGGACGCCCCGGUGGCCUCAUCCGAGGCGGACAAGGCCCUGCCGUCGCCCCCGAGCUGCUCCUCCAGUCCCGAGACGAUCGUGAUGCAGGGGCUGGACUCGCUGGAAUCGGACCCUGACGGGAUCUUCAUCGACUUCUCCCACUGCCGCUCCGAUUCGUUCGGAACGAGCAGGAAAACUAGCUGACGGAAUCGAGUGCUGCGAAGAACCCAUUUCAGUUCACCACUAUUUUCUGUGAACUUGUGAAGUAGCUAAGUACGUCGUGAUUUUUAAAACUGGAAUUUCAUUCACGUUACGCGCAAAAGCCAUGGCUGCUUUGCGGAGAAAAAUGGGAGAUGACUCAAUUUAAAGUGAUUGUUUUCAUAAUGUUCUAAACCUGUGGAUACAUUUUUUCUUAUUUUUCUAGUUUUUCAUAGACUGUAGAUGUGGAAUGUCUUCAUUUUAAUUGAUACACAUUUUAUUGUACAUCACUUAUGGAGACCUGUUUCCGCAAUGGAAUAAAAAAAAAAAAUGUAAAAGGUUCAUAGAGUUUAUAUCUCACAAUUAAGACUUUCUUAGAACUGCUAGAUUGCGAGAAAAUUGCAAGGAAAAAAAGGCACAAUUACGCUUUUUUUUUUUUUUUUUUUGGCCGGGGAAAAAAGUCAGAAAACAUUUGACCACUAAGGAAAAAAAAACCCAUGCAACAUUUACAAAAAGGGGAAAAAGUCAUUUGCGAGAUGUAAACUCAAAACUCUGAAUUUAUCAGAAAUUGUAAGAUAUGAAUUUGCAAGUUUGAGGAAAUAAGUCAAAACGUUAUUUAUUCCAUAGCAGAAAUAAGACUGUAGUAACACUACAUUAUUGUUGUUUCUCGAAUUUUCGCAGGGGGCGAAAUCCAGUUAUUUCAAUAGGAAUAAGCCGAAAGAUUUCGCAACCAGAUUUGCUACGUUGACCAGCAAAGAGCUGAUUGGUUCAUAAGUUUCUUCUGUGUGAGGUGUGCUUGAUGCAUCAACACCCAGUCAACAACACAGACAGCUGGCCUUUUUAUUCGCAAAAUUGUGACUGCACCUUAAACGAGCUUCACGUAUCGUAAUGUGUUAUGAGAUGACAGUAUGCCUAAAUGUAGAAACCUCUUCCAUUAGUGUCACUCUUGAUCACAUGCACUAUUUAUUGUCAUAGGGCUUUAAAUGAACUACGUUUAGUGCUUUUUAAUCAUUGUCAAGCUGACCUGCACUCUUCGUGGUAUAAAAGAAAUUAGUCUCUUAAUCUGUGAUAAUGGUAAUGCAGUGCAGAACAUUGUCUCGAACACGAGACAUGUUUGUUUCUCAAGCUUGUUGCUUUUUUUUUCUUUUCUUUUUAUGCGACGAUAAUGAGCUGCCUGGAAGUUAACAGGGUUUUCGAAUCGAAUGUGUUAACAAAAACUCCCUUUUAGUUAGUUAACUAAAUAGUAUAAGUACAGAAAGGUGGUGUAUAAAAUGAAAACUGGACUUCAAACGGCAAUUUUAUAAGAAGAUAGGUGUUGAUUUAAAAAGACAACUAUCUGAUUUCUUUUAGAAUUUUAGGUUGAUUUAAUUAGCAUAGGAAUAACUGGAUAAAUGCAUAUUUCAGAUUAUGGAAUUGAAAUGAUGCACAAAAGCCCAAUUGUAUAAAAACCUAAGGUACUAAGAGUUUUUUUGUGAUUUUAUUUUAUUUCUUUCUGUUUUCUAUGUAUGUACGCUUUUGAUUUAGGUUAUAAGAUAACGAAUUUCUCUGUAGUUUUAUAGAUUUGAGAUCGAGCAUACUUGCGUAGAUUUUUACACGAGCAACAUUUUUAGAAAUGUAAAAAGUUUACAGUGGUACUUUACUACCUUGCACUGUCAUUUCUGAAGUCUGUGCUUACUUUCAUACUGAAUUUGUUAUCGGCUUUCAUGUGUGCUGCUGUGGAUAACCUCAACAAGACUGAAUUUGUAGUAAAAUACUUUUAUGCUUCACUUUA